GCGGCUGUGUAUAGGGAGAUUAUUGGAAUGCUGGAUGUAGCAGGGAGGGGGACGAGGUCUCCAGCCAUCACCCUGAGUUGUCUCAUUAACAUUACUGGAGAUCCUCGCCCGCUCCAUCCCCCAACCAACACCACAAUGCCCAAUAUCAAGAUCUUUUCGGGUUCCUCGCACCCAGACUUGGCCCAGCGGGUGGUAGACCGCCUAGGUAUUGAUCUGGGCAAGGUGGUCACCAAGAAGUUUUCAAAUUUGGAGACGUGUGUGGAAAUCGGGGAGAGCGUGCGAGGUGAAGAUGUCUACAUUGUUCAGAGUGGCUGUGGAGAGAUAAAUGAUAAUUUGAUGGAGAUGCUCAUCAUGAUCAAUGCAUGCAAAAUUGCUUCUGCUGCUCGUGUUACUGCUGUCAUUCCAUGCUUUCCGUAUGCUAGGCAGGAUAAGAAGGAUAAGGUUAGUUAAUUUACUAAUUUUGAG